CGUCGGUGUGCCCCCGGGAUCCGAACCCGGGCCGCCAGUAGCGGAGCGUGCGCACUUAACCACUAAGCCACAGGGCCAGUCUGCUAGUUUUCAUUAUUUACCUUCCAUUAGUGGAAUUGUAAUGGGGGCAAAGGAGUAGGCAGGAGAUUGUUUUAUUACACCAAUCAACCAGACUUCUCUGCCUGUGUACUAGUAGGAAAAAGAAGAGGGGAAGGUUGCUGGGAAACUGCCUCCUUCCUAAGGGGUUUUUCUUCUCCUUUCUCUCCCAGCUUCUUCUCAGAGCUUAGCAUCACUAGCAUCAUCAAUCCCUUAGUCUCCUAACUGCAUCCUGAUUUACCUAGGUACUUUUCCACACCCCUACCUGUUACUUCCCCAUCUCUGCUUCACUUCCAUUCAGUCUCAUUCUGUCCUUUUUUCAGAUUGCUUUGAGUUCAGUUGUGAUUCAUUUGAUGACUUGGACCCAUAUCUCUACAUUCCUAGGCUAUUAUUCAAGUAAAGGCCAGUCUGAAUCCUGAGUGUCUCCCUGCCUUGUGUGGGCCCAUUCCAGACCAGGGGUUUUAGCUUUUGAUUAUUGGGAAAAGCUUAUAUUAGCUACGCUUUCAGACUUGUCCACAGGGCUGUCCCUAAACCCUUUGAUCUCCUUCACUAUUUAUACCUAAUGAUCAUAGAGUACAAUAAUAAUGGUACAUGUUAUUACCACUAGAUUAAUAGAAUACCAGUAAAUUAGAGUAGGUUAAUUUUGUUAUAUACAAUAAGCUUUGUUAUAUGUAUGUAUAACUGCUUUGCAACUUGAAAAUUGAGGCUGGACCACUUACAGUAAUUUAGUAACUUAUUGGCUUUAUCAAAGACUGAAAAACCUGGAGAAAAGGUAGAAUUUGAGCUAAACCUUAAUGGUUUUUUCUAUAAGUAGGAAGGAGAGGCAAGGGAUUCCAGUUAAGGGGACUGACAUGAGCAGAGGCUUAAAGGAAGGAGCUUGCAAAUUUGGACCAUUACCGAGAGGAUCAAGACAUAAUGGGAGCAUUUUUAGACAAGCCAAAGAUGGAAAAACAUAAUGCCCAGGGGCAGGGUAAUGGGUUGCGAUAUGGGCUAAGCAGCAUGCAAGGCUGGCGAGUUGAGAUGGAGGAUGCACAUACGGCCGUGAUCGGUUUGCCAAGUGGACUUGAAACAUGGUCUUUCUUUGCUGUGUAUGAUGGGCAUGCUGGUUCUCAGGUUGCCAAAUACUGCUGUGAGCAUUUGUUAGAUCACAUCACCAAUAACCAGGAUUUUAAAGGGUCUGCAGGAGCACCUUCUGUGGAAAAUGUAAAGAAUGGAAUCAGAACAGGUUUUCUGGAGAUUGAUGAACAUAUGAGAGUUAUGUCAGAGAAGAAACAUGGUGCAGAUAGAAGUGGGUCAACAGCGGUGGGUGUCUUAAUUUCUCCUCAACAUACUUAUUUCAUUAACUGUGGAGACUCGAGAGGUUUACUUUGUAGGAACAGGAAAGUUCACUUCUUCACACAAGAUCACAAACCAAGUAAUCCGCUGGAAAAAGAACGAAUUCAGAAUGCAGGUGGUUCUGUAAUGAUUCAGCGUGUGAAUGGCUCUCUGGCUGUAUCAAGGGCCCUUGGGGACUUUGAUUACAAGUGUGUCCAUGGAAAAGGUCCUACAGAGCAGCUUGUCUCACCAGAGCCUGAAGUCCAUGAUAUUGAAAGAUCUGAAGAAGAUGAUCAGUUUAUUAUCCUUGCAUGUGAUGGUAUUUGGGAUGUUAUGGGAAAUGAAGAGCUCUGUGAUUUUGUAAGAUCCAGACUGGAAGUCACUGAUGACCUUGAGAAGGUUUGCAAUGAAGUAGUCGACACCUGUUUGUAUAAGGGAAGUCGAGACAACAUGAGUGUGAUAUUGAUCUGUUUUCCAAAUGCACCCAAAGUAUCGCCAGAAGCAGUGAAGAAGGAGGCAGAGUUGGACAAGUACCUGGAAAGCAGAGUAGAAGAAAUCAUAAAGAAGCAGGGGGAAGGCGUCCCUGACUUAGUCCAUGUGAUGCGCACAUUAGCGAGUGAGAACAUCCCCAGCCUCCCACCAGGGGGUGAAUUGGCAAGCAAGCGGAAUGUAAUUGAAGCCGUUUACAAUAGACUGAAUCCUUACAAAAAUGAUGACACUGACUCUACAUCAACUGAUGAUAUGUGGUAAAACCGCUCAUCUAGCCACGGAGUUUACCUUCACCUCCAAAGGAGAGUACAGCUCAACUUCGUUGAACCUUUUAAACAUCCAUCUUCAACUUUAAAGAAGGGCAUAUGAAAUGGGUGAGAGUGAUUACACCAGAGAACUUCAGCAGUACCACAGCUAGCCCAGGACUGAUUUUUUUUUUUUGUAAAUUUGAGACUUACGUAAACGUGAUUUCAAACCAUAAUUCAUGUUGUAAAUCAGACUCCAGCAAUUUUUGUUGUAUGAUUUUGUUUUUUGUAAAGUGUAAUUGUCCUUGUACAAAAUGCUCAUAUUUAAUUAUGAACUGCUUUAAAUCACUAUCAAAGUUACAAGAAAUGUUUGGCUUGUUGUGCGAUGCAACAGAUAUAGCCCUUUCAAGUCGCGUUGUGCUGGGACAGGGAGAGCAGCAGCCACAUCAGCCAGACACUCAAAUGUGCACUGGAUGAUGGAGGAUAAUUCCAGAAUCUUACAAAGCUGAACAUCCAGGGAAUUAGUUGAAAACUUUCUUAAUGUUCUUGGCAGUGGGAUUGGCAUUGUUGAUAAAGCUGGUCCCUUCAUUUAACUGUCUUUUAGGUUAUUCUUUCCUUGUUGCCAUGAGUAUUGCAGGUAAUACAGUAUAUUCAUAAGAAUAUCAAUCUUGGGGCUAAAAUGCCUUGAUUCUUUGCACCUCUUUUACAAGUCCUUACAUUUAAUUAACUAAUUGAUAAGCAGCAGCUUCCUACAUAGAGUAGGAGACUGCCACAUUUUUGCUAUCAUGAUUGGCUGGGCCUGCUGCUGUUCCUAGUAAGAUAUUCUGAAUUCCAUUUUAUCAAUAAAGCUUGAUUUAACAAACAAGAAAUUUAAUCAUGUAUGUGUAAUUCCUCCUUUACCCCACCCUUUUAAAACACCAUGCCAUUGUAAAUGAAAAGUUUCUCAUGGGGAAAGAUAUUAGUCUCUUUUAAUUGGAAAAUACUGUUACUCAAGGCAUAGAUGGAACUGUUUCUCUUCCAUUAGAAAGACUGAAAGAUUUAAGUCUCUGUUUUUCCUUAAUCUAUUUUUUAAAUGGGUUUCUUUCUGGCUGCUGUUUUUUCAUUAAGAUGUCUAUCAGCUUGAAUUUGCCUACUGUUUAAUUAAAUAAUUGUCAAAGCUUGACAGUCCAACACUCUAUGGUAGGGGUGUGUGUGUGUGUUUGUGAGUGUGUUUGUGAUUUUUAAUUGGCCCGUCUUUAGAAAUCAAGUAGUUAAGAUGUAUUUGUGAUUUGAAAGAUAGCAUGUUGAUAAUAUUUAGCUGUUGACCUUUAAAAAUAACUUGCAAAGCUUAAAGAAUUGUAGAUAUAAAAAUAACCUAAUUUAAUUUAGGCUUAAAUUCCUCUGAUUAAGCAUGUGAAAGUAAGUUUUAAAAUCUGUCACAUUGAAAAGACUACUGUUUUGUGCCCUUCUGUAUUUUUGUCUCUUUAGGUUGAAUAUUGUAUUUAUCACCAUGUAAUUUAAUAAUUCAGUAGGCAGAUUCCCCUCUAGAAAACUAUUAAAAUGUAAGAUUAAAAUACAACAUUGAAUACAAAAUCAAAACUUUGUGUUUAAAAGGUAGUAUGAUCAAUUUUGUUGCAUUUGUUUUUUCCCUAACUUGGAAAUAUACAUAUUUGUAUAUAUAACCUUAAAACUAAUGUAAAGUUAAGGGAGUACAGUAGGAGGAAAAGUAAUGUGAAAUGUCUCAGAUUUAAGUAGUUACAUACCAGCAAAAUCUUUUCAUUAUCCCUCAUAUUUGUGAGGUGAUUAAAUGUAACUUAAUUGUACUUAAUUUAUAUCUUAAUCCAGCAUGAAUGAAGAAAAACAAGUACUAUUUAUAUUUAGAAAUUCAUAACAGUGGGAAUUACAGAACAAAUUCCGUACUUAACUUACAAAUAAAUGCUUAAUGUCUCAA